AUGGCAGUGGUGACACGACGGCGUGGUGUUAGCCCGUUUAUGAGAGAAGACAGUGGUCCAGCAAGGUCUCUCCGAAAUGGCUGGACAGUGAGAAGGACGUACGAUGUUAUUAAGACGCAAGUAUGUACAAUUGCGAUAUCGUUUACGCUGUUCAACUUGGUUCGACUCCCGCGGGAAGCUUACAAAUAUGGACACCUCCAGUAUCUCGUGGUAUAUUCGUUCUGGCUCUUGGUGCUGUGUUUACCAAUUACCCUAUUACAACUAACGAUGGGUCAACUUAGUCAACAAGACCCUGUUGGUAUUUGGAGAGCGGUACCCUUCCUAAGAGGCGUCGGCCACCUUAAAUUACUGACAUCAUACUUAUGCUGCGGCUACGGAAUGAUCUACACCGCACUUGCUUUAGCAUAUUUAAUAUGGAUUGGAAAGGGAACAUUCCCGUUAAGAGAUUGUGUUAAACUUCAAAUUACUCCGUUUGGCUAUGAAAAUAAAAUGAACGCGUCGCAAUGCUUUAGUUCAACAUUUUUGGCGCCAUUUACGGAACAUCCACAGUAUCUCGGCGUAAUGGCGAUUUUAAUAUUCGUUUUAUGGUUCUUUGUGCCCAUUAUGUUAUACAGACAAAGAAAAUCACUAACGAUAUCAUUGCUUACAUUUUGCCCUUUAGUUGUGAUUAUUGCUGCGAUACUUGUUACAUUUCUGUCGGAUAAUACGAUUAUUUAUUCGAUACUGGAAUACUACGAGAAUUGGAUACCUCUGUCUGAGCCUUACAUUUGGCACAGUGCGUUGGUUCAAGCAUUGCUAUCAACGCAAAUUGCUAGCGGGUAUUUAAUAAGUGCAGGUGGAACGGUUUAUUCGUUUUCGGAUGUGCGAUGGGUGUCGACGUUUGUUAUGAUCACAAACAUAUUAUCAGGAUGGUUUUGGGUAUUCUUUUGGGAGUUGAUCAGUGGAAAUAACAAAAAAGACACAGGUUUUGUAACAAUACUAGUUCUAAUUUAUGAGUCGUCGGUAUCGGAGAAGCGAGCGAAAGAAUGGCCGUUACUGGCAUUUGCUUUAGUUCUGCUGUCUGGCGUAAUUAGUGUGCUAACAUUGUUGUUCCCUGUAUACGAUAAGCUCCAUCGUCUAACGGGCGAUCAGUGGAGACUGUAUGCAUCAGCGUUGUCUGCUAUUGGAACAGUGCUGACGGUGGCCUUUCUAGUCGGUGGUCUAAACAUCGUGUCAUUGGUGGACGAACUGGUAGUACCAGUACUUGCUGUAUUUACGGCAGCAGUGGAAGUUGUUGGUUUCGUUUUUAUUUACGGUUGGUUCUACCUCACUGUUGAUGUACAAUUCGUCACUGGUGCUAGACUACCAAGUUUUUGGAUAAUCACCUGGUGGUUGACACCAUUUGUGCUUUUGGGUGUUACGGGUUGGUGGUUACGAGCCUUACUUCGUGCAACGUGGGGACAAGCACUAACUCUUUGGCCGUUGGUGGGAGUAUUUAUUGUAAUAUUCAUCAUAAUGGUUAUAUUUGCUGCCAUAGCUGUUGCAAAAGAGGAACAGUAUAACCUUUUAUCUAAAAUAGCUUCGGCAUUCCAGCCUUCACGUCUCUGGGGACCAGAGGAACCAAUGGCUCGAUAUUUAUGGAUGUCUCAAAGAUAUUCCCAUGAACUUAGCGAAGAAAAUGAAGCUAACUCCGAAUCUAAGAAUUACUUAAACUUAAAGUCUAGCAAAGGGAAACCGUACGAGGAGGAUUGGCUGACCCCCAAUUUGUACCAAAGAUCACCACAAUUUCUAACCAAAGAUGUGAAUGGGUUAGAUAGUGAUAAAACUAAAGAAAUAGGACCAAUAUAUACAAUCCAUACUAUACCUAGAUUUAAGAAAAAGGAUGACAAUGAUGAAAAAUUUCGAUCCCCUAACGUAUGUAUUGCAAGAGAUCAACUCGGGGGCCAAAACAAUUGCACGUGUAACAGGCAUUUCACACUCAACGCGCCUGAUUUAAGAAACACUGAAUUGUCGACUAGUCUUUAA